UCUUUGGAAUUUAUGAGUUGUUCACAAUAGACACUGUCUACCUGAUACCCACCUGCUCUAAACAUGGGCUAUGGACUUUUACCUUUAUGACUUCAGCACACACUUCCUGGUUAGUCACCUUUUGUGAUGGUUGUUAUUGGACACGCAGGUUUCUUUUGUCUUUUCAUCUGAUUGGCAUGGACUUCUAGGUCUUUUUGUUUUUUAAGUCAGUCUUCACUUCUAGUGGAUUUGUUUCAAUUUCCACACACUCACCAGCUAAGGACUGAAGUGGAAUUUAAUACGUAUGCUAUCAGUGAGUGAAAGGAUCAACAAUUUGAAGACCCUCAUGUCAAGUUACAGCAAUGGAGGACUUCUCAACCCUGCCUACCAUGACAGUGAGACUCUGGAAAUUGAUAGAAAACCACAGCACACUAACCCCUAUGUCCGGAGAGAACAGGACUGGUGGAAGGACAGAGAGGAAACAUAUGACUCAGAGAUUGGUCAAAGCAAUGGUUUUGAUGCUGUAGUGAGAGUACCCUGGGGAGGUUGGCAGGAGGAGGGCUGGAGGGGAAGAGAAAAUAUACCGAUGGGACUCCAGUCAAGACGCCCAGAAAGCCCUGUAACCCAGCAUGACUUUGAUCACAGUCCAGUCCGAAUGGAUUGUGACUUUCAGUAUGAUCAAUUGCCUCCUAUCCGACUUCCUUCUGCAUCAUCAGGCACAAUGACCAUGAGAUGGAGGGGAGUUGGAUUAAGGAUGAACAUGUCUUCUGACCAUGAUCCUGCUCAUUUAGCGUUGGAGGAGGCCAUCAAGAAUGAGAUGGAAAAUGAGCAGCAGAGCCUAGUCAAAGAACUUGUUGCCUUGUCAACACGAGAAAGAAUCAAGGCCAUACGGGACCUUCCGAUGAGCUUUCAAGAGAAAAAACAUAUCAGGAGUGAAGUGCUGGCAUUUGACUCUCAGUCUCGCCGGUUCACUUGUUUUGCAGACUGUUCAGAACGAACAUCACUGUUUCUUCGCAGGUGCGGCUACAGUAUCCGGUCAAUUAGGCAGACCUUGGAACUGUGGCAAGGCAUCAUGAAAGAGAUAGGUGGCAAGUUUGGCACCAGCGUGCUCACCUACUUUCUAUUUCUCAAGUGGUUGCUCAUGUUCAACAUAUUCUCCUUCCUGGUUAACUUUGGCUUCAUCACCAUCCCGCUGCUGGUUUAUGAUAUCUCCCCCAACAUACCUCCAAAUGUCGGCUUUGGAGGACUGGAGAUUCUUACUGGAGCUGGUUACUUCAACUACACUGCCAUGUACUACGGUGGUUACAGCAAUGAAACCCUUGUGGAUCUGGUCGAAUACAACAUGCAGCUAGCCUACUUUUUCACGAUUGCCAUUUAUAUGGUGUUGUGCGGCAUUGCACUUAUUACAAGCAUGGCAAACUCUUUCAAGACAAACUACAUGCUUGCGGAUCAAGUUUCAAACAGUGCAUGGCAGCUUUUGUGCAGCUGGGAUUUUAACAUCAUCAAUGAGAGAGCGGUGAGACAGCGCAAGAACAACCUCAGCGUACAGUUAAAGGAGUCAAUGUCAGAGAAGGCCCAGAGAGAUCUGCUAACCCUCACUGAAAAGUUCAAGCAUAUUGGGAUUCAUCUGGGCUCGUGGCUUCUCUCCACCGGCAUGGCUGUUGGCUGUGCCCAUCAACAACCAUUUUUGUGCCCUCUGUCUUUGCAGAACACAACAGAUGCUUCAAACUGGUCACUGCUUCAAGAGGCAGAGACUCUCCUUGUCCCCUUUGUGGUCUCCUCGAUGAACCUGGUGGUCCCACUCUUCUAUUCUCUUUUCAAUAAGUUUGAGCAAUAUUCCAGUCAACGCAGACAGAUCUACACACUUUUGCUAAGGAAUGUUUUACUCAAGAUGUUUAUUCUGGGAGUUUUAUGCUACUACUGGAUGAAAGUGGUGCCUCAGAAGUUUUCGUGUUGGGAGUCCAUGGUCGGACAGGCAUUGUACCGCUUGGUCAUCUUUGACUUUUUCUUUCUCAUGUUGGGAUCCUUCUUUGGAGAAUUUCUCAGCAAUAUGAUUGGAACAAAAUUCCUACCACGACUCGGGGUUCCGGAGUUUGAUGUUGCCAGGAAUGUCCUUGAACUCAUCUAUGCACAGACUCUAGUCUGGAUCGGGAUCUACUUCUCGCCACUGUUGCCUGCCAUUCAGAUUGUCAAGCUUUUUGUCCUGUUUUUCAUAAAAAAGGUCAGCCUGACUCACAACUGUCAGCCUCCACGGCGAACGGGCAGAGCAGCUCAGAUGCAAACCAUCUUCAUUGCUCUCCUCUUCUUCCCCUUCUUUGUGGGAGCCCUGUCAAUCGUUGCCUACACUGCAUGGCGACUUACACCCUCUCAGCAAUGUGGCCCAUUUCGGGGCCUAAACAACACGUUCAGUGUGGUUGGCAUCUGGAUUGAUGGUAUGGAAGACAACCCUGGUUCUAAAGGGGCCAUCUGGAUCUAUGAUAAUGUCAUCAAAAGCGAAAUUGCUUACUUCCUCGGCACUCUUAUAAUCUUAAUCAUCAUUUAUAUCUUCUGGCAAGUCUCUCAGGGCCGCAAGCACCUUAUUGGUCGACUGAGACAGCUAAUUGCUAAUGAGGGGAAAGACAAGUCCUUCUUGUUGGAGAAACUGCAGAACCUCCAGAAAUCUUGUCGUCAUAAGAAGCAGAAACAGAAAAAUCGAAACAAGCACACCAUAGAGCGCCUGGAUGACAGUUCAACAGGCGGUCAAUCCCGCUCCAACCCCACGGUUCAGGCUUUACUUCUUGAUCAACGACUUGAGCAAGAGGAGAGGCACUUCCCCAGUGGUGUGCCGUUUCCCUCAGAUUUCUCCACUUCUGAGGCUGUAACCAUGAUGACCCAGCAGAGAGCUGAGGGGCAAAUGGAAGAACGUUACCCAAUCCAUGAGUCGUCUUUCAUACCUGGGAUGCCUGCCGGGCACGUGUCUGAAGAUAGCGAAAGAGAUGAAAACAGCAGUGCAGCCGAAUUUCCUGAAAACCCACAUGACAGAUUCAUGGCUGGAAUUCCAAGAAGGCAAGCAAGACAAGAAGAAGAAGAUGCAGCGCCAGAAAUAGAUGGCUUGCCAUCAUCGUUGUCAAAUGCUAUGAUCCAAGUCAUGCAAGCAAGGCAGAGAGCAGAAAGAGAUGAGGGUCUUCAUUGGAGCAUGGCUCCCUCUCAAAAUCUUCCUCCUGCUAGUUCCAGUGCCCUCAUACAAGCUAUGUUAGCCCGGCAACAAGCCCAGAAUGAGUAUGAUGACGGCUACUAAACUAAAGGUUUAAAAGUAUUCAAUACCGAGAAUCAAAUAUGAAAGUUGUUACUCGGAUAAGUUA